AUGCCUCCCAAGAAGGGCCAGCGUAAGUCGAUGCCUGCGCGCAUCAGUAAAGCGCCUACAUUGACACCUUCUCGGCGCUCGCCCCGAGUACCUGCCCGGUCAAAAGCUACAAAUGAAAACGUUCAACCCGCCAAAACGUUGAACCAUACAUCCGCCUCUCCCAAAGACAGCCCUAUCAACAUUCGUUUUUACACUCCGAAUCCACCUGUCCCAAGUAAUCCAACUGUCUCAAAAACUGUUUCAAGUCCUAGUUCACGUGGAACGUCUCCCGAAACACCAUCUUCACGUCGGCGGGCCUUCCAGUCUCGUCCGUCACGUCUUUCAACCGUUUACACUCCAGCCCUAGAAGCCCCGGCCACCAACCCAGGUAGUCGGCGGACAAGAAGGACAGCUGCACUUGAAACACCCAAGAAAGAAGUAUCAGAUAUUGACUUCCCAGAAAGCACUGGUAGCGCCAGCUGGACAUUUGACCAGUACAUGGGCAGUUUCGAAUCCGAAGGAACAGCCGAAGGUCCCUCGAGUCCUACCAGUGCCUCCGACAUGCGGAACUCAUCCCGAGUUCGCAAGCCCACCAUGAGGGCCCUUGAAUCUUUUGAAUCAACGAAGAAGAAACUUCGCCGCAAGAACAUGACAGUAUCCAGCCCGACCGUGGAAACUCCUGCCCCUCCUGCCCCUGCUGCCCCUGCUGCCCCCGUGGCAACCAAGGUUGCGAAGGACAAUGUCUCGAAGCAACCAAUGAAAAGAACCAGAAAGUCAAAGAGAAUGAGCAACUUGAACAUGCGGAAGAAUGCUGUCUUGAUCGGUUUCGAUAUUGACGCGAAGGUGGCUGGCCAGAAGCUGUAUGACUUGACUAUUCAGGCCCUAAGCCCUGAAUUUACUGUUCCUUUCAAUUUUGCCGUGUUCUUGGAGCAGCGGCGAAGUGAAUACUUUCGUCGCCAAGACGAAGAGAAAUAUGGCGUCGACAUGCCCGCCACCAAGGCCACCCCGCCGACUGAUGUUGAUAUGGAUGUCGAGAUGAUCGACCAAGACCUCCCAGCACCUAUUAUCGCCCCUUCUCCUUCCACACCCACCGAUCCUACUCCACCUACUCCUCCCGCCGCAGUCACCAACGGAAUUACCAACGAAGUCGCCAACGAAGCCAACAACGGAAUCACCAACGGCUCAGGCAUUUUGAGCUACAAAAAGCAGUCUGACACCAAAGUCAGCAGCGAUGGCUGGAUUCAGACUGGCUACGUCAACUCCAGCGGCGAAGAGGUCGCUCUGAUUCCCGAGAAAUGUCACCCCUACUAUCCAUCUCAUACUUACGGCUACGAGGGUCUUCCUUUCCCCCCGGUGCGCGCUAGAACCAGCCAGCAAGCCGAGGCCGAUGCUGCUCACAGCUUCGCUCCACUCAUGGGAGGCCGUAAUCUCCCAUUCGAGGCAACGGUCCCGUUCGUCACCGAGAACGUGGAGGAGGAGAAGGCCAGGGCUCUGGCUAGGGCCCCUGUGCCAGCCCCUGCGACCAAGAAGCCCCGUGCUCGCAAGCGCCGACAGACGGCAGCCGCCGAUGCCGCCGAUGCCGCCGAUGAGCCCGCUGCAGCCGUCCCCACCACUACUACUACUGCGGAGACCGGCGGACGCAAGUCACAGCGUCGCCGUCGCCAGACCGCUCCUGCUCCCACUGUCCCCUCCCCUACCUCUCUAACCUCUCCUACCUCUCCCCAGACCACUGCGACCCAGGUCCAGUCUUCGGGCCCGGCUGGCGCUGUUGCCCCCGCUGCCACUGAAGGUGACAAACCUAAGGUGCAGCGGCUCCGGUUGACCUUGAAGCCGGCGCCCAAGACUGAGGCCUCCGGGGCUGGAGCUUCUGUUUCCAAGAAAGGCCUCGCCGUGCAGUCCCCUUCCUCCCCGGCCCUCUCACGUGCGCCGUCCUCCGCACUGACCAACAAGCGCCGCCGUCGCCGGGGCAUAUGA